AUGUUAUCGGAACCUCCUUUUCUCAACCCAGAUGGUCAGCGCCGCCAGCGCUCCCCCUCUUCCGCAACUGCAAACAAUUCCAGCAUCCGGCAUAAGUGUACAACCCAUCGUAAACGCAAUAAAGGCGCUAAACAGAGCAGUGAAGAGGAUGUCGAACUAGUGGGCCUUAGACGCAUCCAAAACGCAGAGGCCUGCCCUAUCUGCACCUGUGAUUCUGAUGUGAUCUACGCCUUGCGACGCUGUCAUCACCAGGCAUGCCUCUACUGCUGGCGUUCCUUUGCCAACUCCCAGGUCAAUUCGUUUGCGCUAGCGCACGUGACCUGCAUUGCCUGCGACAGGCAACUGCCGCCUGCUCUUGUACUUUCCCUCCUCAAACCCAUACCUGACUCCCGUCUUCCUUCACCCACUACACUGGAAUCCUUUGCCAACUACAACAGCUUUCAGAAUGACCGCAUUUACCAGAGAUAUGACGAUUUCCUUCUGCACAAGUGUCUCUUGAAGGACAAACAUGCCAGAUGGUGUCCAAGAGGCUGCGGGUAUGUGUUUACACGUCCCUUUUCUCUGUUUGAUCUCGAAGGCAGAUAG